ACCUGCUCCAAUGUCCACAGUCAAUAUAAGAACCGUAACCAAAGCGUCUCACCAUUCACCAUUCUGUGUUUGAGCAUAGUGCACGUGGGUUGUGGUAACUGUUUUCACACCGACACAAUGGCAGACGAAGCAACAUUCUACAUGGCGGCUGAAGAAGUCAAUAACUUGAAAUCCGAACCCUCUGAUGAGGAAUUGAUGGAGAUGUACGCUCUUUACAAACAAGCAACAGCUGGCGACUGUAACACAGCCAAACCUGGCGCGUCUGACGUAAUAGCAAACGCCAAGUGGGGGGCAUGGAACGACAAGAAAGGUCUCUCUAAGGAUAAGGCCAGAGCCGAGUAUGUGGCUGUAGUUGAAGAGCUCAAGGAGAAAUAUGGAAUCUAGCUCCUUUACCAUCACACAAUCCAGUGAUUGGGAGCAGCCGUCCACGCUAUCAUGGGACGAUGACAGCCGCUCCAAACCUUUGUCUCUUUGGGCUCAAUUUGAUUCAUUUGUGAAAAGAUGGAUGCUUUUAAUGAUGGUUCAACAUCAUGAAUAGUUUUUCGGGGAUAUUUCUUGCAAAUAAAAGCGACAAAACUUGAAGAGCAAUAUCUGCAAUAUCUGCUAAAAGCAGAGUUGAUUGUACAAUUGUGACUAUAAAUAUCAUGAGCAUAUAUACUCAUGCCCAUAAUGGUUGUUUUCUCAAUAAACUUCAAAUUACAUUUGCCUUCAUUUUUGACAAAUUCUCCUGAACCUCUGAAGAUACAUAUGUAUGUACAUCUGUGUUCGCCCCAAAUGCCCAUGGAUUAAGGAAUGAAGUUUCUCCUUAAGUUUGUCAUUUGGGAUACAAUGUUGAAAAGUCAAAUGUUACGACAGAACGGAACUCGGCCCGUUUCUGAGAUUGUAAAAAUGCAAGUAAAGCCUGAGCAGACAAUUUUUAUCAAAGUCUGCCCCAAAAUAUUCAUGAUCAUUAACUAUUUGUUCAAUGUAGAUGUCUGAAAAAAAAUGGCAUAUUUGUGUCUCAUUGAAGAAUAUAUGGGCAAGUUCCGUUUGAGGUUUUUAUUUUCAAACCAUGUAACCACGGUAACCAUAUUAUUUUAUGUUGUUAUCUUAUUUAAUAAAAAUAUAUUCAUCUGAGUUGUUUCUAUUGUUUGAUCUUGAAAUAGUUUCUACACUUCAAGCCAAGAGCACAUGCUUGUUAACUUCUGUUAGUGAACCCUUUUUUGUAACUGUCACGUUUCAUGAAUUGUUUUCCCGUAUGUAUCACACAUAAACACCUGCUUUUGAAA